ACAUAGCUAGCCAUCUUGUCGAGUGAGAGAGGGAGGGAAGCAGUUUGUGAAUUUCAGUUCCCUGGGAGUCUGUGAAAAAGAAGAGAACCAGUCUUGGAAAGCUGAACCACACAGAUUCCCUAUCUUUCGUAUCAUAACGGGAGUUAGAGGAUAUACAAGGAGUAAGGGCUUAAGAUAUACGUGUCUUUCAGGAUGUCUUAUAUGCAUGUUCUCAGAUAGAAAAAGUGGUAGCUAGCUAGCAGGCUAAUACCGAAGAGUGGUGGAGAGCGGGCCCGCCAGCUGAAGUAGCUAGCUGUAGCAACUGCGGAGCUGUAGCUAGCUAGGUAGCCUGUUAUCUGCGACAGCGGCCUGCUGGCAACUCCGGAGCCGGGACACAAUCUGGCAGAGCAGGCCGGCUUUGACGGAUCAGAGGAAAGGGAAAAAGCUGUCAGGAGGAAACGGAUCAGUUUGGAAGGAACUGGAUCUCCCGAGUUCGCAAGGUUUGGUCUUGUAUUUUUUUUAAAUAUAUUUUUUGCUAAGUCAGAAAAUGCAACAGGAGAGAAGAGGGAAGGAGAUGACGUAGCUACAAUCUUCUCGCUAACAGUUAAAAACUGUGAAAUUGUUACCAUAUAUUUUACGUCAGCAUUUUUGUACAACUUGGAGAAGUCUGUCCGCUUAUUACAGAGGAUAUAUUCCAUAGGUUUUCAAAAUGUCUAAAAUGCCGGCGAAAAAGAAGAGCUGUUUCCAAAUCACUAGCGUGACACAGGCUCAGGUAGCGGCAAGCAGCAUCACUGACGACACCGAGAGUCUGGACGAUCCAGACGAAUCACGGACCGAGGACGUGUCAUCGGAAAUAUUCGAUGUAUCCCGGGCCGAUUAUGAACCGGAGAUGUGUGACAUUAGUUCAUCAGAAGAAACCUUAAAUAACGUAGUGGAGACGGAGACGCAUAUACCUCAAGAUGGGCAGCUACCGACAGUAUCGGGUCCUCCGAACGGGGGUUUUGCUUAUAGAAAUGUAGGGGUGGCAGGUGUAGCUCUUGUCAAUCAGCAUGUUGUGGGCGCCUCAGGUCCAACGGGCCAGCUCCCUACCACCGUAGCCGGAGUUACACAGCACCCUGCACCGGUCGCCUCUGGUGGUGUCAGUAAUGCGUCAGUGACCGCGGCCCAGCCCACCGCAGCCGUCAGCUCGGUCAGUUCAACAACGACCUCUACCACCAGUUGCAGUUCACGUUUCAGGGUCAUCAAACUUGAUCACGGUACAGGGGAGCCCUUCAGAAGGGGCAGGUGGACUUGCAUGGAGUUCUACGAGCGAGACUCUGAAGGCUCCGUCAUCACCAGGACUGUGGAUAGCAUUCGACACGCCAACGCCUUGGACCACAGCGCGGACAGGGACAGCGGGCUCGGAGCGACGGGAGGCUCGGUGGCAGCCCCCACCACGCUCUCCGGACCGGGGCCCGACCCCGCUGCCUCGGACUGCGCCUACGCCAGCGGCCCUCACCUGCACCCGGAGCCCCUGCCGCAGAGUUACUGCGCGGGGCCUCAGGCCCACGCUGGAGCCUUCCAGCCGGCCGGCUACCCCACCGUCCCCAGCAGUAUAGCGGUGACCAUUCAGGCCCAAGGCGCCGUUCAGCCAAUGGCGCCUCAGAGCCUCGUUCCCCCCGGGACCAAUGGCGUGCACCCGAGCCUUUCCCUGCAGCACGUGCAGAAAUCUCCCAGCAUGCUUUCUGCCGGUCAGGCCCAGCAGUUUGGGUAUUCGGCCCAGCAGCAGCAGCACCAGCAGUUUCUCUCUGGUCAGCUGCUGGGCCAACCCUCGCUGGCUCCCCCAGGACAGGCGGAGUACAGGCCGCAGCACCUGCCCGCCCAGACCCUCUCCGUGGGGCAGCCGGUCAGCCAGGGCCCGUCUCCGGUCAUGACCCCCGCCACCGGGGUGGCCCCAGGCCUCGGGCCCCAGCCCGGGGACGGGUCGGGGCUCCCCGCCCCCCAGGGUCUCCUGCAGCAGCCCGGGGGCAGCGGGAUGGCGUCCGCUCUGUAUCAGCCCCCGGGGGCGUCCGCGGGGGGGCCCCACGCGGCGGUCUCUGGCGUCCAGAGCGCGGGGGCGUCUGCAGGCGGGCCCGGCGCUCAGGCGGGCGUGCCGAACCACGUCCCCGCUCCCGCGGCGCAGUCCCCGCUGAGCCAGUCCCAGGGGCCCCGCGCCGUUGUGGCCCCUGGGCCGCCGGGUGUCGCGACUGGCCUCGGCCAGGGAGAGAACGCUCGCAGGAAGUCGGACACGCCGCCUCAGCCCCUCGCCGUCUCCGGGAAGGACCUGAUCAAACCGCUAAUCCCAGAAGGCCUUGCGCUUGGCACACCUACCGUGAACAGCCUGUUUGGAAUACCCAUCAACAUCGACGGGGACGAGGAUGGGGCAUCUGGAGCAAGUGUUGUUGCCAUUGACAACAAAAUAGAACAAGCAAUGGAUCUAGUGAAGAGCCACCUGAUGUAUGCGGUGCGGGAGGAGGUGGAGGUCCUGAAGGAGCAGAUCAAAGAACUUUACGAGAGGAACUCUGUGCUGGAGCGGGAGAACGCCGUGCUCAAGUCCCUGGCCAACAGCGACCAGCUCUCCCAGCUCUCCCUGCAGCCCGGCAACCCCACCGGAGCCACGCCGCCCCCCCAGCAGCAGCAGCAGCCGGAGGCCCCGCCCCCCCAGCCCAACGUCUCCUCGGCGUGAAGGCGACCCUUCGGCCCGCGCGCAGGCGAGGGGACAGCCGUUACCGACGACGACGACGGCGACGAAAAGAGGCCACCGCCCUCAGACUCGAACCGUUAAAAAACAAAAAAGGAAAAAAAAAAACAAAAGAAAAAAAAUCUCAAACUAAAAUAGAUCCGUCUGUAUCUUGUCUGCCGCCCGCUUCGAAAAAAAAAAUGUGAAGAUCCGCCGCUUCAGUGUGUGUGUGUGUGUGUGUGUGUCCGCGCGCCGCCCGGCCUUCCACGAGGACCCGGGCGAUGGUCCCGCGGGGGGGGGGGGCGUUUCUGUGGGCUCCCCCUCGCGUUGGCGCUCGGGCGAGGGGGCGGGAUCUGGGGCGGGGCCCGGCGGACCGGGAGGAGAGCUCGCGGGAUCAGCGAGGGGGAUCCGUUUCGGGAUCCGCUCCUCGCCGUCACCCCCACCUCGCCCCAACCACCCCCCCCCCCGCCCAGCCUUCGCGACGGGGGGUGAGGGGUGCGGCUCGCACGGGAGAAGAGCGGAAAGAAUCACAGCGGAGGGGGUGGGGGGGAGACUAUCUUGCGGAGGAGGAGGAGGAGGAGGAGGAGGAGGAUGAGGAGGACUGGGGCCUUGCUGUUUCACGCUGUUGGAAGUGCCAGUCUGUCAGUAGAGCCACCGCACUUUUGACAUGCGUCCAAUCCGUCACACACCAGUUCAGUUUCACUGUUUGCGUUUAUUUAUUACAGGGCUGCUAUUUUCAUAAUGUAAAUGAACAGUGUUCCAGAAUCAGUUUAAUGCGAAUACUUAUUGUUUUUGAAACCUUUGAAAUAUGUAAUUGGUCAUGCAAUGGAUGGGGUGGAGUAUUGCAAAAACUAGUUAACGAUGUAGGCAAUAAUAAAGACAAAUUUUGGUGUAGUUCUAACACUAAUGGCAAUUUUACUUUGGGAUUGUUUAUUUACAAACAGUAGUUCAGUUCCAGUUUUGAAUGUACAGUUGUAUAGAGUGUAAAGUAUUAAGAGCAUCGAAAGUUUGUACAGGUAAGCAUCAGUUCUUGUGAUAUGAAAUCUUAAAUGAAUAUUUGGUGGGAUAUUUUGAUGAAGAAAACUGUUUGCUUCUGUCACUCGUUUCUUUGUCUGAGAGCGGAGAGGUAAUUGCCAUACUUG